UCACUUUAAUAAUAAACACAACUUUUUGUUUGUGGCAAUCCGUCCCUAGAAAUAUCAGAAGGCCAGUUAUACUGCUUUUGGAUGUUGGUAUUCAGGGUCGGAGAUUCAGCUGUUUGGGUGGCCUCGGUAUUGAUAGCUGGAAACACUCGCUAAUAUCAAGCCUCGCUCGUGCCCACAUGCGUACAAGGAAAAAGACAUAGCCUAAUAAGGACUUCUAGACCAAUACUAAUACUCCUUAAUACCUCCGCUCAAAUGCAAAGUGUAUGCAAUAGCAUUGCAUUUGAAGAAGUGUAACACUAGAAAAAAAAUGAUGGUCUGAACUACACAGCAGUGCUGCACAUGACUCUUCCAGUGCGGUUGCCUCUAGCUAUGCGCUCGCGACCGAACAUCUAUUUCUACCUCCAGCAGUUCAUUGGGCCGCCUGUUGCUGAUCCUAGCCCACGCGUGCACUUGCCUAAAAUCUCUCCUCUAUACACUCCCUUACGAUUACCCAUCUCUCCCCUAUCGCUGUCACCCUCCGAUCCUCUGCAUCUUCUUCAAAGACAGGCGAGAAACACUGGGGACAUGAGACAAAACACACAAAGGACGAGAAAAAGAAGCUCUGGUCGAGCACAUUCAGGCAAAUGCAGAUUCUGACGGCAGCAGAGAAAAUUAAAAAAAAAUGAAAAGGCUCUGCUGGAGCAAAACAUAGUUCCCAGAUUAGUGUUAUCUAAUUGCCACAUUAUUUGUUAUCAAGUUGUCAUAUUAGUUGUCAGAUUAGUUCCCAAUCUUUCCGUCCCAGCUCCCGCCCUGUUCCCAGAUUAGUUGUAUGAAGUUGUCAGAUUAAUUAUUAUCAGUUGCCAGAUUAAUUGUAUGAAGUGGCUAGAUUGGUUGCUAUUAGUUGCCAUAUUAGUUAGUUAUCCAUAGUUGCCAGAUUAGUUGAAUCAAGCUUGCCGAUAUGUUUGCCGAGCAUGACAUUUUUGUGCCAAUCCGUUGCCAAAUAUCGCAGCGGUCCACGCUUUGAGGCAGGGUGAUGUGAGCACAACCAGCAGGUGCUCGCUUGAGAACCCCAGGUUCCCCUCCACCCCCUCCUCGUCAGCUCGUCGGCGAUUACGAAUUUGGCUACCUUGGGAAACCAAGCACCACCUGCAAAAACCAACCGCUGCAACAGAAGAGAAAGCUUAGUGCGGCUGGGCAAGUCGGGCGCUCACCUGAAGGGACAAAUUACCCAACUGAGGGAAAGAUAAACCCCCUCGUCAAUAGGGUGGCCCCAAUCACACGACGUGUGCCCGCGGUAUGCUGUCUCUAGCUGCACGAUUGAAGGCACACAUAUCUCUGCGCCGUUGCACGGGAGAAUGUUUGUGCGUACGUCUACUAUUUAGAUUUUCCCGAAAAUGAUAAUCCAAAAUCCGUGUGCUGAGAGUGUUGUCGUAGCAUGAAGAGUCUUCAAAAUCUGUUUGAGUCAAGCCAAAGGGGAUAACUAAGAAGAUAGCGCAUUAGAGGAAGACACCACAUCAGUAGAAGAUACAAGGCAAGUAUCAAGAGAAGAUGGGUGUCAAAAGAAGAUGACACAUCAAGGAAUGAAACAUUGCACACAAAAUCAUAACCUAAGAAAACCGGCGGCAUAAGAAGCUUGGCGGCAAGAGAAUGGGCAUAGAAAGAAGCCACUAAAUUCCUGUAGAAAACAACAAGGACCAUGUAGGCCACGAAAGUUGUAUAGAAAGGACCAGGACCAGAAAAAGAAGGCUGACACAAAAGUUUGGUGGACUCGCAUGGCAUGAGAAACACGGAAGAGCAACGGAUUUGGUGGACACAGCAGAAUAUUUAGAGAGCUAGAAGGUAGGAAGCACACACGAGACAAAUAUGCAAAAGUCAUCGUGUAUGCAGAAGGGGCUGCGCAGAAAGCCGUUCACAUUAGAUGCCGAAAAGGAUCAGCAAAGAACAGCAACUAGUGGACGAGCACUCAACACUAAUGACAAUUGUAAACUCAGAUCUUAGAUAUAAUGAAUGGCGACAAUCACCACUCGUCAUCUCUUCAUUUGAUGUUUAUUCUAUGUCAAAAUGCAGCCACCUCAUAUUCAUCUAGUAAUCUACAUGGGGAUGCUAACUUUUUUUUUACCAUUGUUACUAUACGUGAUGUGAACCGAGUCAUGAAGACAUGGUUAUUGAAUGUGAGAGAUGGCGCUCCGCUCAUGCUCCCCUACCCGCUCCCUAGCCUAGCCUAGCCCCCCACCAGCCUCGCCGCCGUCGAAUCCUCGCCGGUAGCCUUCCCUCCUACCCUUCCCUUCCUCCCUGGCCAUGGCCUCCGCCGAUGCCCGUUCCGGCGACUCUAGCCCCGACGGUCGCAUCCGCUAGAGCGGUUCUGCGGGCGAGUCCUCUGACUCGCGCUCCUACCGCGAGGUCGUCAGCACCCCGCCGGCCCCGCGCUCCCCCCUCGCCGGCCGCGCCGCGCCCGGCCCUGUUGCUGUUCCGCUCGACUGCGCCGGCCGCCCGCGUUCUGGCCGCCGCUCGCCUGGGACCACGCUUGGAGGUCCAUCGCAUCAAUGGAGGCCCCGUGCUCGACGCCGAUAGAUUCCAGCAGCCGCGGCGGAGGAACCGUCGCUCGCGCGCGCGACGCGCGGCCACCCCUCCCUCCCAUCGCCGCCGUCGCAGCCCGUCGCCCGAGGAAGUCGCCGGCCUGUGCUUCAGGUGCCUGGAGGCCGGACACCGGGUGCGGGCCUGCACCAACCCCGUGCGCUGCCGUCGCUGCCUCAUCUCCGGCCACGAGUCCAGCUGCUGCGAGACGCUGUUGCCCGGUGACCACCGUGCGCAGCCUCCGGCGGCUCACCGUCGUGGGCCAGACAUCUCGCCGUGCAACCCCCCCCCCCCCCCCCCCCCCCCCCCCCCCCCCCCCCCCCCCCCCCCCCCCCCCCCCCCCCCCCCCCCCCCCCCCCCCCCCCAACUCCCCCGCCACGCCGCUCCGCCGCGCAACACCCCACCGCCGCCCCCGCCGCCCGCCUCUACGCCGGUGCGUGUCACCAUCGAGAUGGAGGUGCUUGCGCGCGGCAUGGUGGCCACCAUCACCGGCACCAGGCCCUCUGUCUCCUCGGCCGACGUGGAGGCAACCUUGCAUGCCAUGUUCGACCUGCAGCCUAGCGACUUCACUGUACACAAGCAUGCCCCGGAGGACUUUCUCAUCAUCUUCUCCUCGCGGCUGACCAUGGACCGGAUGGCCGGCGACCACCUCAUCAACGCCGCCCACUUUACCCUGCUGCUCCGCCCUUGGUGCAAGCUCGCCCGCGCCACUACUGGGAGCUUUGCAUUCUCUGUGCAGCUGGAGCUUCGCGGCAUCCCAGCUCAGGCAUGGCACCUGUCCACGGCCGAGCACAUCCUUGGGACUGGCUGUUGGGUUGAGCGGCUGCACCCGGAUACGCGUUCCCUCCUCGGCUAUGCGGGACGCGGGUCGUGUGGUUCCAUUCAUCAUGCCUUCGCCCCCUCCUGCCGCCGCCAUCGGGGACGCUGACUUGGGCUGCCCCUCCCCCGCGGCCCAGGAACCCAGACGCAUAUUGCAAAGGCCCACGCCUCCUGAUGCCCAUGCCAGUAGGCCCGCUUCCCCAAGCCCGUCGACGCCGCAAUCCACCCUUGUGUCUCAUGCGCCUCACAUGCGUAGCGCAGGGCGUUUUGCCACGCCGCCAAUCACUCUGCAACGAACCAGACAGCCGGCCCCUGUCAGCUCCUGGACCCUUGGAGACUUCCUCGCCGCGGCAACAAAGCCGCGGCAACAAAGCAGACUUGCUCUGCCCUCCCCAACCCUGCGCGCAAACGACGCUGGCAGCCCCUGAACUUCUCGCGCCGCGGACGAUCUGCCACCGUUGCGAAGGCCAAGCCCGGCGUGCCGCCCACCGCUGAGCGCUGUGCGCAGGUCCAGAUACUGCGCACCCUUGGCAUCAUCGGCACCGAUCAGGUGAUCUCCGCCGAGGCCAUGAAGGCAUACGAUGGGGUCUUUGCUGUGCCCCUCUCUCAUGCCGUGUUGACGGCCAUUGCCGCGCUUGUUGGCCGCGUGCUACCCGCCGACCCAUCCCCAACGCCUAUCACCACGGUGAUCUCGGGCAGCUUGAUCGAGGCCUAGCCACGUCGAUGCGCGCCCAUUCGUCGACCUCUGCCUAAUGGUCGAGCUCCGGGUCAUGCAGCAGCUCCACCCGCGCCGCACCAUUCCUACCAUAUCCCUCUACGCCAACGACGUAAUUCUCCUGUGCCAGUGCCACCCCUUGCCGGAUGAUAUUGCGGCGGUGAAGGAGAUCUUGCAGCUCUUUGGGCGCGCCUCCGGCCUGCACGUGAACUUCUAGAAGAGCGCUACGGCCCUCGUCCGCUGCGACACCGUGGACGCUGCUCAUGUUGUCGCGCACCUGGGAUGCCCCAUCGUCGAAUUCCCGCUCACUUACUUGGGCAUCCCGCCCACGCUGCGUUGCCCCAUUGCUGCCCAGCUCCAACCCGUCGUCGACAAGGUCGCUGGGAAGCUACCCUUCUGGAAGGCUUGGCUCAUGAACAAAGCCGGUCGCCUUGCCUUCGUCAAGGCUGUCUUGAGCGCGAUCCCCAUACAUCAGCUCCUUGUGCUUGCGCCGCCAAAGAAGACCAUCAAACUCUUGGAGAAGAUUGAAAGAGGAUUCCUUUGGGCUGGCCGCGCCGAGGCCAAUGGUGGCAAUUGCCACGUCAACUGGCGGCGCGUCUGUCGGCCUAUCCAGUUCGGUGGCCUUGGCGUUCACGACCUCGAGCGCACCGGCCUCGCCCUUCGCAUGCGGUGGCAAUGGCUCAGCCAAGUCAAUGAUAGCAGGGCCUGGAGCGGCCUUGACUUGCAAUUCGCGCCCGAGGAGCGCGCGCUCUUCUUCGCCUCCACUACCAUGACUAUUGGCAAUGGCCAACACACCCUGUUCCUGGGAGGACAGAUGGAUAAACAGGCGUGCGAUCCGCGAGAUCGCGCCUCUCCUUUAUGCUCUCAUCCCCAAACGGCGUCGCAAGUCCAGAACUGUAGCGGACGGCCUUCAUGCGAACCAAUGGGCCACGGACAUCCACGGCAUGAUUGGCAUCCCGGAGAUUGGAGAAUACCUACGCCUCUGGCACAUGCUCGCUGAAACUUUCCUCAGCGACGCACCAGACUGCAUUCGCUGGAAGUGGACCGCGAACGGCGAGUACUCCGCCAAGUCCGCAUACCUUGCCACUUUUCAUGGCUCCACCAGAUGCCAGGCUUGGAAGCUUACCUGGAAGUGCUGGGCACCGCCUCGGGUGCGCUUCUUCCACUGGCUUGCCAACCUCGACCGGUGCUGGACGGCCAAUCGCCUAGCGCGACGCAACCUGCCGCACCCACAGCGUUGCCCACUUUGCGAUCAGGCUCCGGAGACGAUUCAUCAUCUUCUCCUGGAGUGCCCUUUCAACCGCGAAGUGUGGCACGAGAUCCUCUCAUGGCUGCGCCUCUCCUGCCCGCUGCCCAAUGAUGAUGCCACUCUCCACGACUGGUGGCGCUCUGCAAGACAUGACACCCCUAAACCUAUGCACAAGGGAUUGGCCUCCGCUGCCUUGCUCGUCCCUUGGAUGAUUUGGAAGCAUCGCAAUGGAUGCAUGUUUGACGGCGCACCACCAUCGGUUACCUCCCUGACUGCUAGGAUUAAGAGGCCGCACUCUGGGCCAGAGCUGGAGCCUUAGGGCUCCGGGCCAUCUUGCCACAGACCUGGGAUGUCCACUAGUGUGCCUGUACUCACCUUGUAAAUCUGCCUCCUAGGAGGAUUGUACCAAACCCCUUCUUUCCAAUACAAUGAAAUGCAAAAGUCUUUUGCGUUUUCUCGA